CAUUACCAUUACCGCUGCCCCUUGUUCUCGUUCCCUGCCUGAUUCUUUGCUCCUCGAGCUCCGCUCGAAAGCAACAUCCCUACGACAUCUUCGGCAAUAACUCACUCUACUGAUCGCACGCACAUCUGUCUCGAUUGCACUCAGUGCGUCGCCAUACAAUCAUGGCCAGGGUUCUCGUUCUGUCGCUCGUCCUGGUAUCCUUUUGGACCUCCGCUUUCGCGGGCAGCGGCAAUAACGGGAAGGGGAACGGAAAUAAUGCGGUUACUGCUUCCCCUCCACCUCCUGCAGUAAUUGCUAGCCCUCCUCCCCCCGGCACGGUAACUCUGUCGCCCGCGGGGCAGAAUAACAACAACGGAAACGGCAACGGCGUGAGCGCCACUGUCAUCGACUGGUACAAUGACCAGGAGUACCCCACGUGUCCCCUCCAAGACUGCCCCCCACUCAAGUUCUUCUGCUCUGGAGGAAUGUGCAAUGACACCGCGGGGAUCCUAGGCCGCUGGAGGCUUCCGGUGCAAUCGUCGCUCCAGUGCCCACCAGGCAGCAGUAUCCCGAAGCCCAAUAACCAGUGGUGCAUCGAGAAUCUGACCGUCUCGCAGUGCUGCGAGGCUUGCUCCAAGAGUGCCAUGCCCUGCCGCCUCUGGCAGCACUACAUCGGAACAAUUAAUCCGUCCGGGAAGUGUCUCAAGUGCGGCAUCUGCUGGCUCUACCCUCCUGGCGACGCGCCCAAGUGCGAGACGCAGCUCGACAACAACAACGGCUAUCGCAUCAAGUACAACUGCUCACGCAUCGGCGCCUCGUGCCCCUACACCAAGAACGACCCGCACUUCCGAGGGGCGCACGGCACUCGCUUCGAGUUCAACGGGCUGCCGGAUAAGUCCUUCUGCCUCGUGACCGACCGCCGCGUGCACCUCAACAUGCGCAUGCACGGGUACCUGGACGAUCGCACCGUCGGCGCGUCCAUCAUCCGCGCCGGCAAGGCUGUGCGCACGUGGAUCCGCGAGCUGGGACUCAUCUGGCGCGAGGACAGCGCUGCCGCUGGUGAGGCGGGCCGCGAGCACAAGUUCCGCAUGGUCGCACGACGCGGGACCCAGCAGGAACGCGCAGAGGGGUUCGUGGAGCGGCUGGAGGUUGAUGGGGCCCCCCUCCCCCGCAUGCACGCCGGCGAAAGGCUCAACCUGCCUGGAGGACUGGAAUUGACGUUCGUGGGUGUGCAGAUGCGAGGGCCCAUGGAAGUGGACGCGUAUCAUGUGAGCAUCCCAGACCUCAUCGAGCUGGACGUGAAGCUUCGCGUGGCGCAUCCGCUGCUGCAGACUGCAGAUGACGCAGAGGCACACAUCAACUUGGCUUUCCGUCACGUUCAGACAACAAAGGACAUUCAUGGCGUUAUGGGGCAGACCUAUCGUUCAGGAAGGGAGCAGCGGGCCAUGGAUUACACUGCCUUGUCAGCGUUGCUGCACCGGCCUGUGGCUGUGGACUCGGAGCAAGGUGCAGGCUUCCUCGACGGCUCACUGGAAGAUUAUGAAACAAGUGACGUUUUGAAGCCAGACUGUAGGUACUCUGCCUUCCUGUCUGGGCGUCUCCCAUCGUGAAUGUUGGGCCCAAGUUCAUGUAUCAUAGCUUUACCGAGUCUUUAGGAGAGAUGAUUAUGGAUCAAUAUCGCAUUGAAUGUCUACUUACAUUGAAAAUAAACCUAAAAGUGCAAUUAUAUAAAUUACCAGUAAAGCGUAUUAUUGGAU